GAACAUCUUAUAGCAGCAUUGAUGGGAAAUUAAACAUUUUCAGAAAAGAUUUGCGCAUGAAAUUGUAGCACUUUUUUCACAAUUUCCCUAUAGGGGCAACUUAUGAACUCAUCAGAAUAUAAAAAAUAAUGUUUUAAGGUCAACAUGGCUGAAUAGGCAAAGUUUGAAUGGCCACAUGCUUUGGAGUCAUUUAGUGGGGCAUUUUACCAUGAAUUAAUGCAAAAAAAAAAUAACCAAAUCUUACUAAAAACGUGUUAAACAUAUUUCCAUCUGACUGUGAUGCAUGGUUAUAUAGAUCCUUCCUUGCCGGCUGGAUACAGUCAUAUGUGUUGGCUCAGCCUCUGAUGUCACUGAAUGAGCAGUGCGGGCAUCCAGUGCGCACCUUCUGGGGACGCAGCGGUGGCACACAGUGGCACACUGAAGGUUUCUGCUCUGCUAUACUUGCAAAAACCCUUUUGUUUCUGCCAAUAUCUAAUCUGUGGCUGAGAGUCCUUUAAGAAACUCCAAAUCAGUGCUGGUGAACUUUUUUUCUGGAAGCAAGAGAACCAGGUAAGGUGGUGUUACACUUGUGUAAAUGAUGUCCUUGACACAAUGUGUGCUGACAGAGAAAUUUUAUUCGGAUUUAUUUGUAGCAGCUUGUUUUGGACCGAUAUCUGCUUUAAGUUGAGGCGUUAGUUUACACCCAGCAGCAGCAACAGCUUCAGCAUCAGCAGCAGCAGCAGCAGCCGGUGCACAGCGUUUGGAGUGGUGUGGAGCGUUUCAGCACCAUGGAGAGCAGCAGCUUGGUGCACAUCUACAAAGCGGACCGGUGUCCGUCGGGCCAGCCGGAGGAGGAGUGCUUCCCAAACUUCACCUGGCCGUCCGGCUCAUCAUCGGACUCCUUCAACUACAACUACACAGGCAACGGCACCUGGGACGCCGAGCCCGAGCCCAUGUCGCCUCUCAUCCCCAUCAUAGUGGCGGUGUACUCCGUGGUGUUUGUGGUGGGCUUGGCGGGCAACUGUCUGGUGAUGUUUGUCAUCAUUAGAUACACCAAGAUGAAAACAGCCACCAACAUCUACAUCUUCAACCUGGCCGUGGCGGACGCCCUGGUCACCACCACCAUGCCCUUCCAGAGCACCGACUACCUGCUCAGCUCCUGGCCGUUUGGCGAGGUGGCGUGCAAAGUCUUCAUCUCCAUCGAUUACUACAACAUGUUCACCAGCAUCUUCACCUUGACCAUGAUGAGCGUGGACCGCUACGUGGCGGUGUGCCACCCGAUCAAGGCCCUGGAUUUCCGCACGCCCGUCAAGGCCAAGAUCAUCAACGUGAUCAUCUGGUUGCUGUCGUCUGCCGCCGGGAUCCCUGCCAUGGUACUUGGCAGCACGAAGACCAAUAACGGGACUACAGAGUGUGCCCUACAGUUCCCUGAACCCUACAGCUACUGGGACACCCUGAUGAAGAUCUGUGUCUUCAUCUUUGGCUUCGUGGCACCCGUCAUCAUCAUCACCGUCUGCUACACGCUGAUGGUCUUGCGGCUGAAGAGCGUGCGCCUGCUGUCGGGCUCGCGCGAGAAGGACCGCAAUCUGCGCCGGAUCACCCGUCUGGUUCUGGUGGUGGUCGCCGUAUUCGUGGUGUGCUGGACGCCCAUCCACAUCUUCAUCUUGGUCAAAGCGCUGUCCGGCAACGUGCCCGAGACCACCGCCGUCAUGGCCGCCUACUUCUUCUGCGUGGCGCUGGGCUACACCAACAGCAGCCUCAACCCCAUCCUCUACGCCUUUCUGGAUGAGAACUUCAAGAGGUGCUUCAGGGACUUUUGCUGCCCCGGUGGCCAAAGACACAGAGGCUCUCAUGGGGUGAGCCGGGUGAGGAGCACCCUGCGGGACCACUCGUGUCCCACAGAAGCUCGGGGAGACAUGGCGCAGGCCAGGGCCGUAUGACUAGCCAUGGACACGUCCUCUGUGCCCUAUCAGGGCUGGGAAGACUCCAAUGAUCUGGGAUUGACUCAAGUCACCACUGCCAUCUAAGGGAAAGGCUAAAGAGAGGGCUAGUUGUUAUUUAUUUAUCCGGCAUGUUAGUCACAAAAGGUUCAUUUAAAGGAUAAUCUGGUGAUAUUCUACUUUCUUCUUAUUAUCAACAAAUCCCAUGAAAAGACCCAAACCAUCACAGAAUUGAUCCUUCUAACCAAUAUUACCUGUGUGCUGAUAUAGAUUAUUCCUUCAUUGUCCAAAAACUAUUAACAUGACAUGUUCCUUCAUUAUCUUAUUUGAAUUUAUCCCUCAUACACCAUCCUGCUGCCACAAAUAUUCACUAGACC